AUGUCUGAGCCGACAUACACAGUGGGACCAUCUUCUCAGCCAUCAUUCAUUGAGCCUCAUCACACCGAGAUAUCACCUCAUCAGGCACCUCACGCUCCUAAUCAUGAGCCUUGGAUGAAUUUAUCAGCUCAGAUCAGCUCUCUUGGCACUCGCAUGGAGGAGCUUGCAGUAGUCAGUGAUACUCGACUCUACUCCAUGGAGGAUCAUGGAAGGUUUUUAGAGGGCCACAUGUCGCCUCAAGAAUGGUCAUCAGAUAAUGGCAUCUUGCCUGUUAGGAGAGGUGGUGGUUUUGUCGAAGAAGGAAUCAACCAGUUAUCAAGCCAAGGAAGACAUGAAGGAGGCCUGCUUCUAGCAAGAUAUGAUGUUGCUUCUCUUGACGAUGAUGACAGGAAUAACACAAUGGAGAAUGUGAAAGAGAUGGCCAUUUCUUCCUCCUUGUCAACCAAAGCUAAGAUUGAUUCAUUACUUCGCGGGAUUGAUUCCAUCACUAGUGGAUUUGAAGCUGAUAUCUCCAAAGAUCCAAAGAUUAAUUCUACAAAGGAAAUUGUCGGCUUCACCACCCGGGUCAUCAUCAUGGACUACCCUGGUCAGAUCAGAAGUGGUUAUGUUCCCGUUCUUGGCUGCAACUCCAUCUACCAUUCACAUCCCCAAUCCACCAUACCCAACCUUCAAGUGGAUGAUGACUUCAAUCAGAAUGUGAAUUCAAAGGCCUUGUCGACUCCCGAUUUCAGUGGACUGAGUUCAAAGUCAGAGGAAUAUUUUUGGAAAACGAGCCAUUCCCAAUCUGAUUAUGGUGAUAAUGGAGUAAAUAAGAGGAAAAAUCAUGGUGAUGAUAGUAACCUAUUUACCAUUGAAUUAGAGGAUACUAUGUAUCGAUAUUUAUGCCCUGGAAAAAAAAUUGGAAGUAUAAUUAGGAGGGGAUGGGAGAUUGUCAAGCAACCGAGGGUAGAUACUAAACCUAAGAUUAGCAUUGGUGACACAGUGUCAGGAUGUGAGGAGCAUGUGGUCACUAUCUACAACUUCAGUAUUGAGUCCAAUGUCUUUGACAAUUCAAAUACUUUUGUUUCUCCAACUCAAAAUGUUCUCUUUAGGGUGCAUGACAGAGUUGUUUCAGAUGAGGUGCAUGACGAGAAUUUUGAAGAAGCAAGCCAAGUUAUUGUUCAGUUUCUUGUGCCAUCUGAUCAGAUAGGAUGUGUUAUUGGGAAAGGUGGACAGAUAAUUCAAAGUAUACGCAGUGAAAGUGGUGCACAAAUUCGCAUUCUAAAGGAUGAUCACUUACCUUCUCGUGUAUUGAGUUCCGAUAAGCUUAUUCAAAUUUCUGGAGAACCCUCCCUUGUUAUGAAGGCUCUUUAUCAAAUUGCAUCUCGUCUUCAUGACAAUCCAUCCCGAUCCCAACACUUGCUUGUUUCUACUAUGCCCACUAGAUACUCAUCUGGUGGUUCACUCAUGGGUCCAACUUCCAGUGCUCCAAUCAUGGGUCUAGCUCCAUUGGUUGGUACUUAUGGAGGGUACAGAGGUGAUAGUGGAGAUUGGUCACGCUCCCUUUACUCAGCUCCAUGAGAUGAGGCAUAUUCAAAGGAUUUUUCUCUUCGUUUGGUUUGUCCUAUUAGAAACAUUGGCGGUGUGAUUAGGAAGGGUGGUGUCUUCAUAAAUCAGAUCAGGCGAGAGUCUGGGGCAAUUAUAAAAGUCGAUAGUACUUCAGCUGCUGAAGCAGAUGAUUGCUUAGUAACUAUUUUAGCAAAAGAAAGACUUCACUUGUUCAAAGUAAACUUACUAAAGGAAAGUUCCCUUGAUUCUAUAGUGAAAGGGCUUGUUGGUGUUUUUCAUGCAGCCUUCCCUUUCUUUCAUGCAAUCACCAACCUCACAGUGUGGUACCAGUUGCACCCCGAGCCCACAUGUAUGAUUCCAGUUUGCAUGGCCACUCUCCUAAGCCCAUUUUCAAAGCCCACAUGCUUCUGUCAUUUACCUUCAAAACUGAUUUUUGAAAAUCCAAUUUCCAAAUAAUUUAAUUCACAACUUUUCAUUCUUCUUUAGAGUUUAGGUUCACCAAAAAUCUCAUUUUCAAUAAAAUUUGUUGUCAUUUUCUUUCCGGAAAACAUCAUUUCACAUUUUCCUUGAUUUUUUUAAAUGUUUUAAAAUAAGCAUAAAUUUAAUUCUGUAAUUCCAAAUUAUGGAAUUUAUGGGAUUGAUUCAUGCAAAAAUAAAUUGGGCUUUGGUGGUGGCCCAACAUCAUUGAUGUUUUCUUAAAAAAAUAUAUUUGAGUGAAGUGCAAUAUCUGUUAGUGAUGGUUUCUUACUAUGUUUAGUGACAUGUGUGACAUAAUUUGUGUUCAUUAUUGUGCACUAACCCCAUUUCAUGAUAGCGUAUUAAUGUUUGCUGCUAAGUACGCUCGCACUCUCACUUUGACUAUCCUCUAUGCAUGUUUUGGCUUCCAAUGUGUGAUCAUUUUGGUAUCCAUUGAUUUCCUCAUCAAUUGUCAUACUUGCUUCAUUUUAUUUAGUAGAGACCCAUUUUUAGGGGCUUAGAGGGGUGCUACGGUCUUUUAUCGUACCUUCCCAAUAAGUAACUUGACCCCAAGCUCAUAUUUGUUUUUUCAUAGACCAUUUUUUCCAAAUAAGGAGUCACACUUAGGGUUUUCUUUCUUAUUUUGUUUUUUCUUUAAAAACAAAAAUAAGUGGCGACUCUAAGUCAUUUUCUAAAAAAUAAAUCUUUUUCAAAUAAAAAGCGAGUUCACCAUCGAGUGGAAGCGUAUGCGCAGAAAUGCGGGGUCCACAAAAUGGCAACUCUGUUGGGAAUCACUAAAGGGUUAAGCUUGAACUUAGGAUGAGGCAAAUGUGGCAUUUGAUUAGUUGGUUGAUGGAUAUCUUCCCUUUGUGUUUCUCUUUGCUUGAGUGAUCAUAGCACAUUGAGGAUUCUAAUGUGGCGAUUUUUCUAUGUUUGAUUGCUAUAUCCAUUUGGGACAUUGACAUGUUGAUUAUGUUGAUUGACUAUUUUGCAUGUCUUAGCAUAGUGACUUUGAUCUUGCCUUGAUUGUUUUGUUCACCUCACAUGUAUAGACUCACCAUUGUAUAUCUUUCAACUUGAUGUGUUGAUUCUCUAGCUUGUAUAUUAUCUUGAUCAUAUUUGAGCAUGUUGUUUUUGUCAUUAUUCAUCUUGAUUGUCAUAGCUUGUUUGUGGACAUGGGUGAUAUAUCUGCAUUUUGCUUAACUAUGUGGGUCGCACAUCUAUCCUCUUACCUCCAACCCUCUGGUUUCGGUCAUUUCCUUCUUUUCUGUUCUUACAUUUGCAAGUGUGAGGUCUUAUGUGUGCUUGUUUCUCUGACCGAGCUAGAGUUUAGGAGUAGGGUCUAGCAAAGGGCUAUAUUAAUGUUUGGGAGCAUUCUAGAGGAGGCCAUUGAUGUUGAUUAGAGUCUGAUCUUUGAAGACAUGUAUAGCACAAAGCUAGGUUUCAUGGAUAGUUGUGUGACCAGUGUGUUUCCUUUUCUGCUUUAGCUUCAUAGGAUUUUCAAAUGCACCCACACCGCUCACUGCACACUCUAGUUAACUAUUGAGUGUUGAGCUACGAGAGCUUUCGCCAUAGGAAACCCCCUAGGAUGUCGAGGUAGUGCAUGUGUGGAGGCGUGCAGAGGGUUGUGUACUGUCGAAGGGUAUGAUCGCUUCUACUAGAGAUCUUUUAAAGUUCACCCAUCUCCUUUUAAAGCCACCUUGACCUUGUAGGU